AUGCUACGGCGCGCCGCGGCCGCCGCCACCGCCGCCGUCCCUGUCACCCGGACACAGUCCCUCGCGCUCGCGGCCUGGUCCGCAGCCUGCUUCGUGGCCGUCUCCCUUCUUACCGCCGCCAACGCCUCGAGGCGGCCCCUGUACUGGAAGUGGCACCACCUGGACACAGGGGCCGACGAGCUGCGGUUCCCGGAGGGUUUCCUGUGGGGCGUUUCGACCGCGGCGCACCAGAUCGAGGGGGGAAACGACAACAAUCAGUGGAGCCGAUGGGAGAACACCGAGAGGCCCGAGGGGCAGCCCCCAACGGUCAAGGGCGGGGCGAAGAGCGGCAAGGCGUGCGAGCACUGGGACCGGCUGGGGGAGGACCUGAGGCUGAUCCAAGGGCUCGGGGUGGGCAGCUACAGGUUCAGCAUCGAGUGGUCGAAGGUGGAGCCGCGGCAAGGAGAGUUUGAUCAGGUGUACAUCGCUCUCCACGAAGAAGCGGCGGCCGCGGGCAGGGAAGUCGAGGUCGGCAUCGUGAAGGAUCCUGUUCCAGUUCCACCCCUACCGUUGGUACAACGUCCUCGACCACCUCCUCGCCUGGCUGUGCGACAAACUCUUCAACCAGCAUGCGACGUGAUCAUCGAGUUUUUGAAGACUGGGCGGUACCGCUGGUGGGUACCAUUCUGCGCUUCCGUUCGCUUCACGGACGGACGAGCCCCCAAGGCGAACGACUUCGUAGGCCUUAACUACUACAGCCACUACUACGCCUCCCUGUGGAACGUGAUCUUCGAGCCGGACAUGGAGGAGAAGCUAAGAGCGCUUCCCGCCGAGACCAUGACCGACAUGCCGCACUGCAUAUACCCGGAGGGGCUCUACUGCGCCCUCAAGGCCAUGAGCGCGAUAGGGCACCCGAUUUACGUGACCGAGAAUGGGAUCGCCGACGCUGAUGACACGCGACGGAGGUGGGUUUUGAGCAACCGACAUUCAGAGAAUACCGUUAGACCAGAUCAGCAGGUGGGCUCGGCAACCGAAAAUCAAGCCAACAGAGGCAGCAGACCAAAAGACCAGAUUAGGAGGCUGUACUUGAAGAGGUACCUGUACGCGCUGUCGAGAGCGAUCAAGGACGGCUGCGACGUGCGCGGCUACUUCUACUGGUCUCUCUACGACAACUUCGAGUGGUGUGAAGGGUACGGUCCCAGGUUCGGGCUCUAUGAGGUGGACUUCGACACGCAAAGGCGCACGCUCCGAGAUAGUUCCAAGUACUACGUCGAAGUUGUCAAGAAACACUCCGCCAAGAAAGCGUCCUCCGGGCUAGCUCCCGACACGGCGGCGGUUGUCGGCGAGGGCAACAUCAUCGGCAGCCGUGCCGCCAUCUACCACAAGCUAAAGUCCAGCGCCAACGUCUCGGAAUACGUCCUGCAGGGGGGCGGUGGCGGUGCGGAGCCGGGGGAAGGCGGAGAGAGAGAUGGGGCGGGAGAACCUCCCGCUGGCUAUUCCAUAGUUUAGUAAAUAGCAUUUGAGAGGGUCCUUGUUUACAGGCCGGUGAAACCGCUUGGUACGGAUGGACUCGUGCCCGGUGACCGAUACGAGGCCAGCCAAAUUCCUUAACCACGGACCCCUUGUUCCGCGGGACCCGGUUUUCUUGCGUGUUGGGGGAUGCGCGCGAGCGGCUAUAGGUUGGAACAGCAGUCUAGUGGUAUCGGAUCAUGGUGGGAAAGAACUUGGAGCGUAAGCGCGAGUGGGCUUUUAGUGUGGGAUUGGCUCCGCACGGCAUCACAGGUAAGGGGAGGGGUGCCGAGCCUCAUGUUCCCGAACGGGCUUUAGGUGAUGUCCGGUGGAGCGGGUUGUUGGUGCAUGGCUUUGGGAUGGUGUGCGCUGCUGCUGCUGCUGCUGCUGCUGCUGCUGCUGCUGCUGCUGCUGCUGCCGU